UAUGAGUCACUUUGAUGAUAUUGACUUUGCCUAAAAUUCAAACUCUAGUAAUAUGCAUUUUGAAUAAGAAGCUGACUCUGGAAAGAAGUAAGCUUUUGAUUUAAUAAAGAAAGCCCAAAUAAAAUACAAAGAAUACUUAUAUAAAAAAGAUAUCAUCACUUAUAAAAAUGACCAAUUAAGAAAUCUUAGAUGAAAAGUAAUCUUUAUAUAUCAAUAGCAUAAAUAGUUAAGAAAAAAAAUAGACUGUUCAUAAAGUCUAAAGCUAAUAAUUUCCUGGAAAUAAUCUAGGAGAUAAAGAAGAUAAAUUAGCAAAAAACAGAGAGUCUGCUAGAAAUAGCAGAAGAAGAAAGAAGAUUUAUUUAGAAUUGUUGGAAAGCAAAGUUACAAAAUUAUCAGAACAAUUAGAUGUUUAUAAGAAUGUUAAUGAAAGAACUCAACAAUUAGCAAUUAAUCUAUAAAACAAAAUAACAUAAGUAUUUAAUAUCUUAAUUAUUAAGAAAAGAGAAUAAGAUUAAACAAAAAUGAUAUUAUUUUCAAAUCUAUAAAAUUCAAUAAAUGGAAACGUUGGAGAAAUGAAUAUUGAUGCAAUUAUAGAUUCUUUAAAUGUAUAUUCAAUAUUAUACAAAUAUAGAAAAAAUUUGGUUCUGGAUCAUAAGAAAGACAUUAAUUGAUUGAUCAUUAUGCAAGACAAAUUUAUGAAAAUUGUUUGGCUCCAUAUAUAAAUUAUAUUAUUGGAGUAGCUAAAACUGAAUAAGAUAUUUUCUCAAAUUAAGAGUAUAUUAAAUAUUAAUAUUUAGGCAUACUGAUAAUACAAUUUUAAGAAAUCUUAAACUUACAGAUAAAUAAAAAUAAAUACUAUAAAAAAAAUAAUAGAAAUUACUAAGACAUCAAAAUGAAUUAGCUAAGUAUUUUUUAUUAAAAUUCUAUUAUUAGUACAUUAUCAUCAAUUUAAGAAGUAAAAAAUUAAAUUUAAGCUGAAUUAAGUUCGUUUGAUUAAACUUUAGAAUAAUUAAGAAGAGAAUUAAAACCAAGUUAGGUAGCUAGAUUUUUAUUAUCUAUUGAAAAAAAGGAUAUGUAACAUCAUUUUAAAGAAUAAUUUGAAAAAUGUUUUGGAUCAGAAAUUGAUGAAGAUGAUUCUUUAGAAUUAUAUUAAUUUAUGACUGAACAUAAUCAAUGUAAUUCACUUGGAAUAGAUAUUCAAUAGACUUAUGAGAUAUAUAGAGCAUCUAAUGAUUUUUUAAAUGGAAAAGCUGAAUCAGAAGAUUAAUAAUAGUAAUCAUUGUAACAAUAAACUAAAAUUGAAUGAAU